GUUGUAACCACAAUGAUCGAAGGAAAUUUGUCCUUCACAUCCUCAUCAUUCUCAAUAUGUAAGAUUAGCUCUCAAUUAGAGCUCUGGAAACAAUCAGGCCUAUGCCAACCAAAAAAGAUUGAAGUCCAUGACAUCCAUACCGAAUCAUUUAUAACCUCAAGCAGUUUUCCAGUCAAGAGCAUUCAAGUCUGGACUCACAAAUUUUGACAUAUGUUAAGUGACAAUGCAACGAUGAUAUUUGCCACCAUACACCGCGAUCGGUGCUCUAAACUUCUGGUGGCUUCCCACAGCCCUGAAGUUAUCUGCUUCACUCACCGAAUGAUAACUUUCCUCCACCAACCGUGCUUACUCUCUCCCAAACCCCCCGGAUAGGCAGACUAUCAUACUGUGAGGACGAUUCGGUGCUCUCCGCAUCUGAUACCCCAAUCAUGACCUCAGGGAGCUCCCGGCGAAUGUGCAGAGAUGGGAGUGGAAGGAACAAAUCGAUUUCAGUGAAUUGAAUCCGAGGCGGGAGGCUAUCUGUUUAGCGCUCACCGUAUCUAAGAUGAUAUGAAGGAUGAAUGUAAGAUAUCAGCCAACACGAUAUCAGUCCGGGGCAAUAUUCCAUACAAACACAAUGCUAAGCCCGUAAAGAGGCUAAACUAGAUGAAGGUUACUUUCUGGACCGUCUGACUGGUAAAUGGGGGCAAAUGUCGGAGCUGCCAAGUGGCCAAGCGAAAAACUUAACUGUUCGCUUGCUUGGCAGAAUCAACUCUCCAGACGAACAAAUAGAAUCUUCAAAUUUUUAAUUAUCAUAGAGAUAAGAGAUUUUACUGCAGCGUAAAUUGGUACGGUUAUAUAAUAACUGCUGUGGUACAACAUCUUUUGAGUUCUUGUGUCUCGGAACGAACCGACAAGAUUCAACCUCACUACCUUUAAAUACCUCCCCAAGGCUAAGAGGCUUCCUCAUCAUGACUGGUUGGGCUACCAAGGUUAAUGAUGCUGUCGCUGGCAGUAUUGUUGGUAGAAGAUUUCGUCUACAGGGCUCCGGCCAUGUAAAGGCGAGAGAGGGUGCUAGAUUCCUCACUGAAAUCCGUGCUGGUCUCGCGACAUUCUUCGCCAUGGCAUAUAUCAUUUCUGUAUGUGCCAAACCUCUACAUGUGUUUAAGUGUUACAAUAUUCUGGAAGGGAGAACGACAAUUCAUCAUUCAGAAAAUAGCAUCCAGAAUUGUUCAUUUUAUUUGUGGAUGGUACCAAGUCAUUGAUAAGCUGACAUCAAAAAUUCAGGUCAAUUCCACGAUUCUCGCGGAUAGUGGUGGAACUUGCGUGUGUAAUGAUGCAACUGAUCCUAGUUGCUCCUCAGAUGUUGAUUAUACUCUCUGUCUUGGAGUCAUCCGUCGAGACUUCAUCACAGGAACUGCUGCUAUUUCUGCUCUGACAUCUUUCUGCAUGGGAUUGUUUGCAAACAUGCCGAUCGCAUUAGCUCCAGGAAUGGGUCUGAACGCUUACUUUACUUAUACCGUUGUUGGAUUUCACGGCCUUGGACCUGUUACGUAUAGACUUGCUCUUACUGCGGUUUUCGUCGAAGGUUUUGUGUUUGUCGCUUUAUCGUUGCUUGGAUUGAGACAAUGGCUAGCCAGAAUUAUUCCCGCUUCUAUCAAACUCGCCUCUGGAGUAGGAAUUGGUUUAUAUUUGAGUAAGUGCCAAACUUCCAAGGCCAGAAAUCUGUACUGAUUACAAGAAAGCGCUCAUCGGUCUUGGCUACAGUGCAGGAAUUGGAGUUAUUACCGGAGCUACUUCAACUCCACUUGAGCUUGCAGGAUGUGUCAGCUCUGAAUUCGUGGACGGUGUUUGUCCCACAUCAACCAAAAUGCGCUCGCCAACCAUGUGGAUUGGAAUUUUCUGCGGCGGUUUUGUGACUGCCAUUCUUAUGGCAUAUCGUGUUAAAGGUGCUAUCAUUGCCGGUAUCUUGUUGGUCGCUAUCAUCUCUUGGCCAAGAUCGACUUCGGUCACCUACUUCACUCACGAUGAUGUCGGUAAUGCCAAUUUUGACUUCUUCAAGAAAGUUGUUACUUUCCACGGCAUCCAGGAGACGCUUGUGGCACAAGAUUGGAAUGUAGCGGGUGUUACUGGACAAUUUGGUCUUGCUUUCAUCACUUUCCUCUACGUUGAUAUCCUGGAUUGUACAGGAACAUUAUACUCCAUGGCACGCUUUUCCGGGGCUAUCGACGAAGAAACCCAAGAUUUCGAAGGUUCAGCUGUGGCUUAUCUCGUCGACGGUGAGAAUCACAUACCCCUACUCAUUUAAUCAAACUAACAUUCCACGCAGCUUUCGGUAUUUCUAUCGGCUCUCUUCUGGGUUUAUCACCAGUCACGGCGUUCAUUGAAUCUGGUGCUGGAAUCUCUGAAGGUGGUAAAACAGGAAUAACCGCCAUGGUUACAGGAUUAUGCUUCUUUAUCUCGAUAUUUUUCGCGCCCAUCUUCGCCUCUAUUCCACCAUGGGCUACAGGAUCCACUCUCGUUAUCGUUGGUGCCAUGAUGUGCAAAGCUGCUAAGGAUAUUAACUGGAAAUAUUGGGGUGAUGCACUACCAGCUUUUAUCACCUUAGCUGUUAUGCCAUUCACAUAUUCCAUUGCAUAUGGCUUGAUUGCUGGCAUAAUUUCGUACCUCAUCAUCAAUACCACAAUAUGGGCAGUGGAAAAGAUCUCUGGUGGUCGUAUUGUACCAUUCGAUAAGGAGUUCAAGGAGCCAUGGUCCUACAAGAUUAAGGGUGGUAUUUUGCCAGCUUGGGUUGUGAGAGCUUCACACGGGUAAGUUUUAGGUUCACGCUAUUAUCGACAUAAAAAGUAGAAGCUAAUAUUUUUCAACAGAAAGAAAGACUUUUGGCACGAAGACCCACCGAUCAACAUCUCAUCCGCAGGUUCCAUCUCGGUUACUGAUGAUUCGGAUAAAUCACGUGCUGGGCCUGAAUCCGUAACUCGUCCCAUCAAUGAAAAUAAGGCUGGCGAAAAGUUGGCUUGAUAGAAUUUGUUAAUUUGUUUCUACACAACAUAUGGAGGUAUUAACUUAGCGGUGGGAUUGAUUGGCGUAACAUUUGGGGUUUGGAGAAUACCUAGCAGGUGAGGGUUGGCUACCAAAUUUAAAUAUUUUUCUAAAUAAUACUAUUUU